AUUCCAAGCAUUGAUCAGUGAAAACAAACUGCAGGGGACUACUCCGUACAUUGCUCCGUAACAAGGCGGUCAAGUCAAAAGUUGAAAGUUGAAAGGGGUCCAAGACAGCGCUAGCUCCCCUACUGCUUCUCUGCUGGCCCUCAUCGUCGCACUACUUGUACUUUUUCCUCCCCAAGUCUGCCAGAUUGCAAAAACGAGCCAUUGUCACCGUUGGCUUCUCUUUUGCAACGAGGGAAAGAGACCCCAAGAUGUCGAAGCCCGUGAGCACAAACGGGAGCGAGUCCGAGUUCGAGUUUGUCGAGACUCCGAAAGCUCCCACUCCCACCUUCAACCACGGUGCAGAUUGUGGUGUGAGGACUACUUCGUACCCAGCUAUCAAGAAUGCCCCUCUCCCCGCCGACUCUGCGAGCAGUGAUAGCUUCUCGGUCAUUGGCCUGGUUGCCGCCAUCGCCGGCGUACCUCUGUGGCUAUCAUGGAAGGUCGGGGGCGGUCUGAAGACGGGCAUUUUCUUCGCCCUCUUCACCAGCAUCCCCAUUCUGGCCGCCUACUGGAUCACCGUCUCCGCCCUGGCCCCUCGCAAGAACGAGAAAGCCAAGUACCCCGGUCGUCCCGUCGAGCACUACCUCACCUUCAAGAAGCAGUCGGACCGUGCCAAGUACCAUGGCAAGAACAAGAUCCCUCUGGAGACCUUCGCCGAGAUGUACUUUGACAACGAGGUCGACUUCAAUGGCGACUGCCUCGACAUCAUGGAGUACCGACACGAUUGGGCCAGCUUCCGCUUCACGUGGAGCCUCUGCAAAUACUUCAUCUUCGGCAUGAUUCCCGAGGUCAUCAUGCACUCUCGCUCUCAAGACGAAGAACAGGUUCGUGACCACUACGACCGUGGCGACGACUUCUACGGCUGGUUCUUGGGCCCUCGCAUGAUCUACACCUCUGGCAUCAUCAGCGACAUCAACAAGGAAGAGACACUCGAGGAGCUCCAGGACAACAAGAUGGGCAUUGUUUGCGAGAAGAUCGACCUCAAGGAGGGCGAACGUCUCCUCGAUAUCGGUUGCGGCUGGGGUACACUUGCCCGAUUCGCCAGCGUCAACUUUGGUGCCCACGCCACUGGUAUCACCCUUGGACGCAACCAGACCGCUUGGGGCAACAAUGCUCUCCGCAACGUUGGCAUUCCUGAGGAGCAGAGCAAGAUUCUCUGCAUGGACUACCGUGAUAUUCCUGUUCCCGAUGGUGGUUACAACAAGAUUACUUGCUUGGAGAUGGCUGAGCACGUCGGUGUCCGCAAGUUCAAGAGCUUCUUGCAGCAGGUUUAUGAGAUGCUCGACGACGAUGGUGUCUUCUUCCUCCAGAUCGCCGGUCUCCGCAAGCCCUGGCAGUACGAGGACCUGAUCUGGGGUCUAUUCAUGAACAAGUACGUCUUCCCUGGUGCUGAUGCCUCUACACCGCUUGGAUUCUUCGUCGACUCGCUCGAGGCCGCAGGUUGGGAGAUCAAGGGCAUCGACACCAUUGGUGUUCACUACUCGUCCACCCUCUGGAAGUGGUACAGGAACUGGCUCGCCAACAAGGACAAGGUCGUUGGCAAGUACGGUAACCGCUGGUUCCGCGUGUGGGAGUACUUCCUUGCAUACUCUACAAUUGCCUCUCGCCAGGGUUCCGCGACUUGCUACCAGAUUGUUCUGGUCAAGAACAUCAACUCGACUCACCGUGUUGAGGGUAUCAACUCUCAAUUCGGGUUGAAGGGAGCCCUCGAGGCGGCCAAGGCCAAGCUCAAUUUCUCGGCUUGGGCCAAGCAGAAUGCUGACCAGUUCCCCCAAUUCCCUACUUCCAGCACUGCUUAGGUCAGAGUUUGUUAGUUAAGGGAUUGGGCUCCUGCAUAUAGGAGCCAAAGGAAGAAGGAAUGGAUUCAUAGGGACAGAACUAGUGUUGUGGGCAGGGCUUUCACUACUUCUGGCUUUAUAUGUUAUGUGACGGAAUGGGACUGGGGCAUGGACUUGUCCGACUAGACGACGGGUUUACGACAUGGCUUCCCAUUUGUAAGGAGUUGGCGACUGCAUAGGUUUGUGCACUUUGAUGAAAGUACAGUGCUGGCAUUCACAUGUGGCUCGAAGAUAGAUGUUAAUGAGUUGUAGACAAAAGUACAGUUUCAAACUCUACCAAUGAUGUUGAAUGUCUCAA